AUGGGUAAUAAAUAAGGAUCGGAAUUUGGAGGCAUUAUGGUAAGAACAGAAAAAACCAAUUACUUUGCUGGAGAUCUUGUAAAAGGUAAAUUAUCUACUAUUUUAGGAAAUAUAUACCUCCACAUAAUAAAAUCAGGUUAUCAUGGAAACGUCGUUUAAUUUUCAAUAGUUGGAAAAGAGAAAACUGAAUGGGAAGUUAGUACUGGGAAAAGUAGUACUACGCAUCGUGGGAAAAAUGUAUUUUACGAAGACUCCUUUGUUAUAAAUACAUUUUUAAACGAAAACUUAAUGGUUGGACAAUUUGUUUUCCCUUUUGAAUUAGAACUUCCAUUGGAUCUACCUGGAUCCCUCUAUCAUUCGUAUGGUCUUCUGGCAAGCGUAGCCUACAAAAUCAAAGUUCGAAUAAUCUCGAACUCUAAAUCAAUUAAUGAUAUCAAGAAUGAAUAAGAAAUUAUCAUUAGAGAACCAAUUUAAGAAAUAUUAUAAGCUUCUUAAAAAAAAGUGACUGCUAAUCUGACAACAUGGUGUUGUAAAUAACAAGGAGUAAGCAUAAUACUAAAUAUAGUUUUGUUCGAUAACCGCAAAAGCAGAGAAAAAUUUAUAUUAAUCAGGAGAACUUGUUAACAUAACCUACGAUAUUGAUAAUUCAAAUUGUAAGCUUAAUCUUGAAAAAGUUGAUGCCAGUAUAAUGAGUAGACUAAUCAUCCAAUCUAAUUCAGGUGCGUAAUACAGGUAAGAAGUUAAAUUAAACUCCGUAUCUCAGAGUGGAAUACAAAAAGGAAUGAAGCUAUUAUCAUCCGCAUCAACAGGAUGUUCAUUACAAUUGGUUAAUAUUAAAAAUCCAACCAUUGUUCUCGCACCUUCAACAAAUGGAAGUCUUGUGAAUUUCUAAUAUUAUGUGAUAAUAAAUCCGAAUUUUGAAGGUAUAUAUUUGAUAUACCGAAAGGUUGUACAUUUUGUAGUUCAAAGCCAAUUGUAGAAGUACCCAUCACCUUAUUCACUCUUCUUCCAUAGGAAGAUUAAGAACCAAUUGCCCAGCCUGAAAAUUGGUAACCAAAAGCCUUUUAACCUUUCCUUAUAAAAUCAAAUAGCAUCAACCCUUUCAAUAAAAACAGUUUGAAAAAGAUGGCUAAUCCUAUGAACAGCUGA